AAUCUAUUCAAGAAAUAAGAGAAAACAAAUACUAUCAGAAAUAAAAAAAUGAAUAAUGAGAUUUAACAAAAAUCACACAUGCACACUAUUAAAACUUUAUAUCAAAAAAAACUGUAAAAGUAAAUAAAAUGGGCUUUUCCGGCGGUGACAAUCUCCCCACGCCAAUAUGCGUCUCGCAAAGAAUCUCCUUCAUCCCUCUCCAGAAGAGGAGAAGAGGAAACACAAGAAGAAGCGCCUGGUGCAGAGCCCUAACUCCUACUUCAUGGAUGUGAAAUGCCCAGGAUGCUAUAAAAUCACCACGGUAUUUAGCCACACACAAACUGUCCUCUGCCAGCCUACCGGAGGAAAAGCAAGGCUCACAGAAGGAUGUUCCUUCAGACAGAAGCAGCACUAAAAGCACCCUGAAUCAUAAUGAGUGGGAAACUAUCCCAAUAAACACAAUUUGGAUACAAAAAAAAAUAAAAUAAAAGUAAAUAAAAUGGAUGAUUUUUCUAGGAAAAUAAGUUAUCCAAAUGGACUCAAAAAAUUUGAAUAUACAAAUAACCAUAGAGUUGCAGGUCUACCUAACAGAUACGUGGUUUUAAGCAUGAAUUCUACCAAACUUGCAAAGAAGAGUUAGUUCUUAAUAUUUAAACUGUUCCAGGGCACAGAAAACACUUCUCAACUCAUUUUAAGAGACCAACAGUAUCAUGUUACCAAAACUGGACAAACGAAACACAAAGAAAAGAGGUGAGGGGAGGAAAUUACAGACCAGUGCAUCGUAAGAGAGAAUCCAUUACCUUCACCCGCUAAAUGCCAAUUGUGAAAAUAGCCCCUUACAUUUUUAACCCUCACAAAGAAAGAGGAGUAGGGUGAGGGUAAGUAAUAUACCAUCCACAAAUGAGAGCCACUGACAUAAACCAACCUCACUAUACACAUGAUUUAAUGAACCUGAAAUAAAAUUCAGCAGUACAUUAAAAGAAUAAAUCAUCUGCCAUGAUGGGGUAAUGGAUACCAGCCAUGCCCUUCUGCCACAAACAACUAGAAAACUGGACAAACUGUAUAAAAUAAAUGUUUUUACCACUGGAUAAGCAAUGAACUGUGGUCACUGAGAGGAAAAAAGUGAACCAACUGCCCAGCUUCCUGCCUAAAGGCAUUUGCAAACUGUGGCACAGGGAAGAGAUCCCAAGCAGAACACAACAGUCUUGCUGAGAUGAAGAGUAAGAGCUCAGAGUUUAGAAAGGCUUUAGGAACUGGAAUUAAAGGGCAGAGUAUCAGAGAGGAGGGAGUUACACAAAAAAGAGCUCCAGAAAUUUGUGAGGUUUCCUUGAGUCUUUUGCUGAACGCUAUUGGAGAGCUGUAAUCUGAACAAUUCUCAGAACUAUCAUAAGGCUGGAAGAUAUUCAAGUUCCAAGCAACCUAAAUCUGCCUUUAAAUUUUCAAAAUAAGUUGAGGGGAAAAAAAAAAAGAGAGAGAGAGAACUCAUUAGCAAUAAUGAGAUAAACGGGUAAUCCAAAAAAAGAAAAGGAAGGAAAAGAAAAAGACAAUAUAGAAUCUUAGAUUACUAGAGGG